UAUGGACUCGACUUCGAAACCUUAGCGCAUUUGGAGACAAUAUUCGCAAGCCCAUGCCUCUCUUUGGAAUCGUAAACCAUCGCAAAGCUUGAGUUGGUGAUUGUGGCUCGAGGAGAAGUGAAGGUUAAGAUUUUGGGGCGAACGUUAUGACGGAAAGUUUGGUUGAAAGGAUGUCUGCAGGACAUAACCGAGGAGAACGCACUUUGAACGGUUGUCAUAACAACCCACCCGAGCUUAGUAUUGACAUUCCAGGCAUGCGGGACCUUACAGUGGCAGCUAAAGAAUACCCGAGCCAGACAGAUAUUCUCUUUUUGACCGUUGAAGAAUGUGAGUUCCUAAGUUGCUAUGCUCACUUGCAAAACCCAUUUCGUUAUUAUGUGCAGGAUCUUGGCCACGUAUGCUUUGGCAUUGUGGGUAAUGAAGAAGGUGCACACGUGAAAGUUGCCUUGAUAAUGUACCAUGGAAGUUCCUCUGUUCCGGGAAACUCUUUAAUUACCGUGAAAAAUGCUGCCUCUAAGCUAAGGCCUAAGGCAGUUAUAUCUGUGGGAUAUUGCAGUGGCCUGAACCGCGAGAAAACCAAAUUAGGAGAUGUGAUAGUGUCUAAGACGCUCACUACGUACCCGUCCAAGGUUGUUUUGGAUACUCACGAGUACUCCACUGGAAUCAGAACUGUUGUAAGCCGAAACUUUCUGAACCUCAUCAAACACAUUGCUGAUGGGUGGGACGCUCCACUAAAAUCUCAUGAAACUCUAGAAGUAGAAGUACACACAGAUGGAGAGUUUUUAAGUGGUCCAGAAAAGAUCAGUGCAGAUUGGCGGCGAGCAGAACUCCUCCAAAGAAACCCCCAAGCAACUGCAAUUGAAACGGAGGGAGAAGGGCUGUUUACUGCUGCAUUUGAUCUUGGCAUCGAAUGGCUCCUAGUUAAAGGCAUCGCAGACUUUGCUGAUGGAACAGACUCCAGAAGUUCUCUCCAUUGGAAACGCUUUGCCAGCGUCAUGGCAGCAUCUGUUGCUUUUAAUCUUAUAAAAGAUCCGUAUGUUUUUAACGACUGGCCCUCUGACAAAGAAAUUAUUGAAAACAUUCGCAAAUCCUACAAAGUCCGUGAGGGUCGGCUGGCACCGUUUCCCUGGUGUGAGCAGUUUCACUUCUCCUUUGACGACAUCUACACCAGACUUAAAGUGGUCUAUAGAAAGAACACGAGAGGAAAAGCUACUGAGAGGGUUGUUACGAUGUCUGAAAUUUUCAACCCUCACGAAGAAUGCGGAGAACCAAGAACAGUGCUUAUUGAGGGAAAACCUGGUAUGGGAAAGACUACUUACUGUAAAAAAGUUGUUUUCGACUGGGCUACAGGAAAACACGCAACCGAAAAUUGCUUUACAAACUUCCUAAUGGUGCUUCUGAUAAAAUGUCGUGAUGUUCAGUCUGACCUUUCGGAAGCCAUUGAUGAUCAACUUCUACCUCGAGAUGUCGGUGAUGGGCAAAGAAAGAGAUUCUUCGACUUCAUCCGCCAAAAUCAAUCUAAAGUUCUCCUGGUUCUCGAUGGAUUGGAUGAAGUUUCUGAGGAGAAACUACCUUUGUUUUCAGAAAUUAUUCAAGGCAGAGUACUGCCAACAUGUCGUGUGGUUGCUACAGCACGCCACGAAGCCGGAGUAAAAGUUCGAAAAUUCUGCGACACGCUGCUGGAGGUCGAGGGAUUCACUGCAAAAGAUGCACAGUCAUUCAUCACCCGUUUCUUUAGAGAGAGCCCCCAAUUGGCCCCGAAGCUUACCGAGCGAUUGCUCAGAGAUGAGAAUUUAAAAGACAUAGCGGCGAACCCUCUCAACACCGCGCUUUUUUGCCUGGUUUGUGAAGAAUUUAACGGUGCUUUUCCUGAGAGCAGAAUGGCACUAUACAUGUUAAUAGUGGAGUGUGUUCUAAGGAGAUACAGGGCAAAGAAGGAGCUGCCAGAAAUCGGCGAAGAAAUAGUUCAACUCUAUGAAAGCCAAUUAAAACACCUUGGCUGGAUAGCUUUGAGGGGUUUACACAAAGACAAUUUGGACUUUGACGAGAAGGAGCUUGGAAACCACAAAUCAAGUGAUUUACCCGGAUUUGGAUUUCUUUCCGUUCAGCCCGCAGGCAGUAAACUAAGACCAUCUAAACGUUAUGCCUUUCUUCACAAGAGUUUCCAAGAAUGGUUUGCUGCAUACCACCUCAGCUGUCAACUUCAGAAUGAAGAAAUCAGCACCGACAACAUAGCUGCAGACAGAAGAUAUCGUCAUCAGCUGAAAGAAGUGCUUCUGUUUACAUGUGGAAUGCUAGCACAACGAUGCGAGAAAACAGCAAUGACCCUUAUGAAAAGCAUUGCGACACAGUUGAACCAGGAGACCGAGAGAGAACUCGCUGGUGGUUUGAGGAUUGUGGUUGAGUGCAUCAAUGAAUGCAAAAAUGAUGGAGGCGGCAAUCUUGAAAUAAACUUGGCUGCCUCUUUUGGGUCUGCUUUGCAAGUUAAAUCUGUUUCUCUACGGAGCGGGGAAAUGAAUGACGAUGGCGCAGUCAUUUUAGCCAAUGUUCUCAAAGAAAACAGGACCGUGACAAAUUUGAAUCUGUCUCGUAAUAACAUUGGUGAUGAUGGUGCUACUGGCCUGGCUGAAGCCCUGAAAAGCAAUGUAUCUCUGAAAGAGUUGAACUUGUCUCGCAACAAAAUCGGUGGCGUCGGUGCUGCAAGUUUGGGAGAGGCUUUGAAUGGUGAAACAUCUCUAGAGGUAUUGGAUUUGCGUGAAAACAAAAUUGGUGAAGCCGGUUUUGAAGCUCUGGCUGAGGGUCUUAAAAGUAACUCAUGCCUGACAAAGUUGUCUUUGUUUAACAAUAGCGCUGGUGAUACCGGUGUUACUGCUCUAGCUAAGGGUCUUAAGUCUAAUUCAUCUCUGAAAGAGUUGUAUCUGUUUAGUAAUAAUCUUGGUGAUGAUGGUGCUGCUGCACUUGCUGAUGCUCUGAGUUAUAGUUCAUGUUUGACUCUGUUGUACCUUUGUCGCAAUAGAAUUGGUGAUCCUGGCGCUGCUGCCCUGGCCUUGUGUUUGAAAGAUAAUGCAUCUCUGAAAGAGUUGAAUUUGUCUCAGAAUAACAUUGGUGAUGCUGGUGUUACUACCCUGGCAGAGUGUUUGCAACAAAAUACAUCUUUGGAAAAGUUGUACUUAAAUGACAAUAAGAUUAGUAAUGUUGGUGUUGCGGCUGACUGUUUCAAAGAAAUUACUAAAGUUGUCCUUGUCUGGUAACACAUUUUUGACUCGGGUACCUCUGGUGUGACUGCUGCGCUCAGUAAAAUCUAAAUAUCACUGUAUAGAUUAAAAGUGGAGCUGGAGACCUUUUAGAGUUAAGCUCAACAUAUGGUGCCUGUGUUGUAGUUCAACAGACUUUGAUAAGUACUAUUGUCAUUUUAGUAGCAACGAUUUUAACUCUGAGUAGCUGAAAGUAAACCAACUUUAGUUACCAAUACAUUAAAUGAGCAGAAUUUUAACCCUAGUUAAAUAAUAUUUAUUUAUUUGUUUAUUUAUUUACUCGUCGUUAUAUACGAGUAUACUUUAGUAUACCAGUGAAGUAAGAUCACUAAAGAACAAGAUAGAAAUGUACCAACCAUUGUUUGCUAUCAAAAGAAUUUGCGUCUGUCGUUUUACACUGCUAAGUGAAUUCUUGACUAGAGCGGCAAGAAAUUUGGUCUCAAGAUUUGAAUGUAUUGAUCUUAACCAAAUGAUGAGUAUUAUCCUUAAUGCACACUUCUAGGAGUAAACUGUGCACCAAAAGGGAACCUUUAUUUCGUACG